AUGCAUGGUCAUCGCAGUGAUAUUCGCGGCUUAUCGGUGUCAUCGUCAAACAAUGCAAUAGUUUCUGGAGGUGGAAAUGAGCUCAUGAUAUGGAAUACACAUUCACUUCGCCCCGUUGCUUCACUUCAAAAUGAGGCCAUGGAAGAUGUGAUGGCUGUUAUAUUCACUCAAGGAGACGGACACGUGGUGGCAGCAACGAAGCUCAUGAUAUGGAAUACACAUUCACUUCGCCCCGUUGCUUCACUUCAAAAUGAGGCCAUGGAAGAUGUGAUGGCUGUUAUAUUCACUCAAGGAGACGGACACGUGGUGGCAGCAACGAAGACAGGCGAGCUGUUUCUGUGGGAUGUGGCUGGAUGCGAGUUGUUGGAAUCUCGUAAAGGGCAUGAGCGAACAAUCUGGGGGCUUGCACAUUCUCCAGACGGCAAGCAGUUGUUGUCCGUGUCAUCAGACAAACGAGCCAUAUUUUGGGCGUACGAGGUUGCUGCUGAAGGAACCCGCAAGAGGUUGACACUUCGUGAAAAUCGAAUACUUGAGGUUCCGGAUGAGGCGCUUUGUUGCGCGUUUUCACCUGAUGGCAAGUUUGUUGUUAUUGGCUUACUGGACAACACGGCAGCCGUGUAUUUCUAUGAUACACUGAAAUUUUUCAUCUCCUUAUAUGGCCACUCAUUACCUGUGACUUGUGUCACUGUGAGCCCUAACAGUAAGCUUGUCGUAACGGGAUCAGCCGACAAGUCUAUAAAAAUUUGGGGACUUGACUUCGGAGACUGUCAUAAAUCGUUCCACGCCCACGAUGAUGUUGUUUCGGCUGUAAUGUUCUCUCCAUCUGAUGAGAUGCUGGUUUGGUCAGCAGGCAAAGAUGGCAAAAUCAAACAGUGGGACGCUCAGAAGAUGUGCCAAGUACAGGUAUGUGAAAGAGCUGUUUCUAUUGCUGCUUUCUGA